AUCGUGCCUUGUUUGACCGGAGCGAAAGUCCUCGGUACGAUUCCCACCCUUCUUUUAAAGCGGAGACUUUUUUUCAGGAAGGAUGGAUGAACUCUCUUCCUUUAGUUGCCAUUAGCAAACCCCAUUGAAGCUUGGAGUUGUGAUGAUUGCCAGAGAUUAAAGAUGUACAGAGUGAGGCCUUGUGGAUUUGUUCUUCUUGUUACAUUUUCUUGCUUCCUGACGCUUUCAGUUUCUCAAGUUACUGAACCCACUGAAGUCUCUGCUUUGAGGGCAGUGAAGAGAAGUUUGAUUGAUGGCAUGAAGAAUCUUGAUGAUUGGGAGACGGGCGAUCCUUGCACCUCAAACUGGACUGGAAUUAUUUGCUCUGGUGUUCCUAGAGACGGCAGCCCCUAUUUGCAUAUCAGGGAGAUCCAUCUAUUGAAUAUGAAUCUCUCUGGAAAAUUAGCACCCGAGCUUGGACAGCUGUCUCGUCUUCAAAUUCUAAAUUUUAUGUGGAACGAAUUAACUGAUUGUAUACCCAAGGAGAUAGGAAACCUCAAAUAUUUGAAGCUAUUGCUUCUGAAUGGAAACAAGUUAUCUGGGCCUUUACCCGAUGAGCUUGGCUAUCUCCCAAUGCUAAAUAGAUUUCAGAUAGACCAGAACCAGAUAUCUGGAGUCAUACCAAAGUCCUUUUCGCAUUUGAAAAGUAUGGGACAUAUCCACUUCAACAAUAACUCCCUCAGUGGUCAAAUCCCGCCCGAGUUAUCCAAUUUAACUACUGUUAUUCACUUGCUUUUGGACAAUAAUAACCUUUCAGGAUAUCUUCCACCUGAGUUAUCACAAUUACCCAUGUUGCGAAUUCUUCAGCUCGAUAAUAAUAAUUUCAGUGGUUCUGAGAUUCCAACUUCAUAUGGAAACAUGUCAGGACUAGUGAAGUUGAGUCUAAGGAAUUGCAGCUUGCAAGGAAGCAUCCCCGACCUUAGCAGAAUACAUAACCUAAGCUAUGUAGAUCUCAGUUGGAAUUACCUAUCAGGAUCUAUACCAUUAGAAAAGCUCUCCAACAAUAUGACAAACAUUAUUCUGUCAAACAAUCAUCUUAAUGGAGCUAUCCCUGAAGGUUUCUCAAAUCUUCCUUCUCUACAAAGAUUGUCACUUGACAACAACUUUUUGAAUGGUUCAUUUGCCACGGAUAUUUGGAAAAACAAGUCCUUUACUUCAACUUCUAGACUCAGGAUUGAUCUUCAGAAUAAUUUGCUUUUGAACAUUUUAGGAGACCUUGAUCCUCCGGUUAACGUCACUUUAAGGCUUAUAGGGAAUCCCAUUUGCAGCAACACCAGCAUCAGAAACAUUGACCAAUAUUGUGGACAUGGAAGUGGAAAAAGUGAAGAGCCAAAUACUUCGACAAAUUUGACUGUUGCAUGUCCAGUUCAAGCUUGUCCAACUGACAAUUACUAUGAAUAUGUCCCUGCGUCACCUACCCCAUGCUUCUGUGCCUCACCUAUAAGAAUUGGAUAUAGGCUGAAAAGUCCUAGCUUUUCUUACAUCCGUCCAUAUAUUGAACAUUUUGAGUUUUAUGUAACUAGUUCUCUACAUCUGGAACCAUAUCAAUUGUCCAUUGAUUCACAAUGCUGGGAAGAAGGACCUCGCCUCAGGAUGUACUUGAAGCUUUUCCCUGUGGUCGGUGUCAACCAGACAUUUAAUGAAAGUGAGGUGCUUCGUAUCCGUGACAUUUUUGGAGAUUGGAAUUUUCCUGGAAAUAACUUUUUUGGACCUUAUGAACUUCUUAAUUUCACUCUUCUUGGUCCAUAUUCAUAUAUCAAGUUUGCUUCUGAAGGCAAGGUUACAAAAAAGGGUGUGCUUAUAGCUUGUAUUACUACCGCUGCUGUUUUUGCUGCAACAAUUACUACGAUUGCUACUAUUUUAAUUUUAAGAAGGCAUGCUAGAUAUCGAGGAGCCAUAUUAAGGAAGCACUUCUCCCCAAAGCUCUGUAUCAAAAUUGAUGGUGUUAAAAGCUUCAGCUUUAAACAAAUGGCAUUGGCUACUCGUAAUUUUGAUAGCUCAACUCAAGUUGGUGAAGGUGGUUAUGGGAUAGUUUACCAGGGAAAUUUAGCUGACAAAACAGUUGUAGCGAUCAAGAGAGCAAAAGAAGGGUCCUUGCAAGGACAAAAGGAAUUUUUGACAGAAAUAGAAAUAUUGUCAAGGUUACAUCACCGCAACCUCGUUUCACUGGUUGGAUAUUGUGAUGAAAAAGGGGAGCAGAUGCUAGUUUAUGAGUUCAUGCACAAUGGCACACUGCGAGAAUGGCUUUCUGAAAAAUGCAAUCAAAGUUUGACGUUUGGAGCACGAUUACGUAUAGCACUUGGUGCAGCUAAGGGUAUUCUUUACCUCCACACUGAAGCUCACCCUCCAAUAUUCCACAGAGAUAUCAAAGCCAGUAACAUACUCCUAGACUCUAAACUCACAGCGAAAGUUGCUGAUUUUGGACUGUCACGGCUUGCACCUGUCAUAAAUGAUGAAGGGAUGCUACCCAACUACGUAUCCACCAUUGUGAGGGGAACACCUGGUUACGUUGAUCCUGAAUAUUGCCUUACUCACAAGUUGACCGAUAAAAGUGAUGUUUACAGCCUUGGGGUGGUAUUUCUGGAGAUCUUGACAGGCAUGCGUCCGAUAUCCAAUGGUAAAAAUAUUGUUCGUGAGGUCAACAUGGCACAUCAAUCUGGAAAAAUCUUAUCUAUUCUGGACAGUAGAAUGGGUUCUUACCCCUCAGAGUGCGCAGAGAGGUUUGUAGCAUUGGCACUAAGGUGUAGCAAUGACAAUCAGGUAGAAAGGUUGCCGAUGCUUGAAGUGGUCAGGGAACUAGAGGCCAUUCUUGGCAUGAUGCCGGAUGAAGAAGUUCACACACCAAAUUCUAGCAAGAAGUUAGAUGGAAUGUUGUCAUCAAUGAGUUCAGAUACGGCAGGAAAUUCAACGGGUUCUUCCCACUUCUGAAGCAGACUUGGUCAGUGGUGUAACAUUCCCCAUCACAGCUCACAAACAUCUGUAUAAAUUACAAGCCUCGUACAUCAGGGUACAGAUAGAUUAGGAGAUAAUGUCGUUAUUGCAGUUGUAAAGCCUUCUUUGUUACUCCUGCCUCAAUGUAUUUGUCUAGAUUUCGCCUUAUGAUAAGAAAGUGGUUUUAUAAUGCAAAAACUAAAAAAAUCCAAAAUCAUUG